AAACAAACCCAGAUAGUUCUUUUAGCCUAGCUGCUCCUACAUGGAAGGUGCUUUCAACAAUGCUAUGCUCUUACCCUUCUCCUACACUUUCACUCCUGGCACUAGCAGUACUAAUGUUACAGAUAGUGUUACCAGUCCUUGGAUGGACACCAGGAUAUGGAGCAAACUCCCACAAACGCUGAUUGAUCGUGUUCUCGCCUUUCUUCCUCCUCCAGCCUUUUUUAGAGCUCGUUGUGUCUGCAAGAGAUGGUAUGGUCUCUUGUUCUCCAAUAAUUUUCUUGAACUCUAUAUCCAGAUAUCACCACGCCGCCAUUGGUUCCUAUUCUUCAAGCACAAAAGCCUAAAAAGCUGCAUCUAUAGAAACAACAAUAGCACCAGUGAUAGCGGCGGAAAAACUAUGACAGCCAAUAUUUGUGAAGGAUACCUCUUUGAUCCAUAUGAUAUUGCAUGGUAUAGAAUUUCUUUUUCCUUGGUUCCAUCUGGGUUCUCUCCUGCUGCUGCUUCUGGUGGCUUAAUAUGUUGGGUCUCAGACGAGGCUGGUGCAAAGAGUAUCAUUUUAUGCAACCCACUUAGUGGUUCUCUAUCUCAGUUGCCACCAACUUUAAGGCCACGUCUCUUUCCUUCAAUUGGCUUAAAAGUUGGGCCAUCCUCAAUUGAUGUGGCUGUUGCAGGUGAUGACUUGAUUUCUCCAUACGCAGUCAAGAAUUUAUCCACUGAAAGCUUUCAUAUUGAUGUCGGUGGGUUUUACUCACUAUGGGGCACUACUUCUUCUCUUCCAAGGCUUUGUAGCCUUGAAUCAGGACAAAUGGUUUGUGUUGACGACAGAUUCUACUGCAUGAAUUACAACCCGUUUAGCGUUUUGGCUUAUGAAAUAGCAGCAAACAGUUGGUGCAAGAUUCAAGCUCCAAUGCGGAGAUUUCUACGCUCGCCAAGAUUGGUUGAGAGCAUGGGAAAACUCAUUCUUGUUGCAGCAGUGGAGAAGAGCAAGCUCAACGUGCCAAAGAGCUUGAGACUUUGGCGCUUGCAACCUUGUGGAACAACAUGGAUAGAGAUUGAAAGGAUGCCACAGCAACUUUACUUACAAUUUGCGGAGCUGGGAGGUGGUCAUGGGUUUGAUUGUGUUGGGCAUGGUGAGUUUAUUGCUAUCAUUAUCCGAGGAUCGAUCAAGGUUUUGUUGUUUGAUAUCUUGAGAAAGAUGUGGCAGUGGAUUCCUCCUUGUUCUUGCAUUGAUGGAGUGGGAGAUGAUGAUGAUGAAUUGCAUGGUUUUGCUUACGAACCUACAGUCACCACCCCAGUUACAGGCCUCCUUGAUCAGAUCACAAUUCCAAUAUUCCAGUCCUUUACUAGUUAAUUGGCUAGCAAAUAAUAGCUGUGGUUGUUAGCAACAUAAGAGACGAGUACUAGUUAUAGUGUGAUUAUA